GCCAGGAGUGGCUGACCGGGAGAAGGCAGCCGGGAGCUGAUUCGCCGCCGUGUGUCACGUGGUGCUGGAGGGGUUGUGACGCCCGCCGUGGCGGAGGGGCUCGGCUUGUCAGAGAACUGGAAAGUGAAAAUCAGAAGAAGUAGCAGCUGAUGCAAGGAGAAGUAUACUAAGGAUCAUUACUUGGGGAUAUUUUUUAAGAUGUGGUGAAGAGCCUAUAUUUUCACCAGUACACUUUAUCGUGCCUUAAAAAUGGGGUUUGGAAGUGACUUGAAGUAUUCUCAUGAUGCUUUAUUAAAACUGCAAGACUGGGAACUACGACUGCUUGAAACGGUCAAGAAAUUUAUGGUCAUGCGUGUAAAAAGUGAUAAAGAGUAUGCCUCCACUUUACAGAAUCUUUGUAAUCAGGUAGAUAAAGAAAGCACUUGUCAGUUGGAUUAUAUCAGCAAUGUAUCCAAGUCUUGGUUGCUUGUAGUACAACAAACAGAACAGCUGAGCAAAAUAAUGAAGACACAUGCAGAAGAUCUUAAUUCUGGGCCUUUACAUAGGCUUACAAUGAUGAUCAAGGAUAAGCAGCAAGUGAAGAAGAGUUACAUAGGUGUUCAUCAACAAAUUGAAGCGGAGAUGUACAAGGUCACAAAGACAGAACUUGAGAAACUAAAAUCUAGCUAUAGACAACUAAUAAAAGAAGUAAAUUCUGCCAAAGAGAAGUAUAAAGAAGCUGUGGCUAAAGGAAAGGAGACUGAGAAAGCCAAAGAUCGGUGUGAUAAAGCCACUAUGAAGCUUCAUAUGUUGCAUAAUCAGUAUGUAUUGGCACUGAAAGGAGCACAGUUGUAUCAGCACCAGUAUUAUGACACUACGCUUCCUCUGUUACUUGAUUCGCUACAGAAAAUGCAAGAGGAAAUGAUUAAAGCCCUAAAAGGAAUCUUGGAUGAGUAUAGCCAGAUCACUAGUCUUGUUACAGAAGAGAUUGUGAAUGUCCACAAAGAGAUCCAGACUUCGGUUGAACAGAUAGACCCUAAUUCUGAAUAUAAUGACUUCAUAGAUACUCACAGAUCUUCAGAAGUGACUGAACAAGAAAUAGAGUUUGAUACGUCUUUAUUAGAAGAAAAUGAAAACCUUCAAGCUAAUGAGAUCAUGUGGAAUAAUCUAACAGCAGAAAGUUUACAAGUCAUGUUAAAAACUGUAAUAGAAGAACUCAUUCAAACACAGCAAACGCUUUUGAGCAAAGAGGAACUUGUAUUGGAACUGGAGAAAAAAAUAGAAGACUCUUCUAAGACUUGUGAAAAGAAGUCAGAUAUUGUUCUCUUGCUGAGCCAAAAGCAAGCACUGGAAGAACUUAAACAAACCGUUCAGCAAUUAAGAUGCUCUGAGGCAAAAUUUGCAGCCCAGAAAGAACUACUGGAACAAAAGGUGCAAGAGAAUGAUGGGAAAGAACCACCACCUGUAGUGAAUUAUGAAGAAGAUGCCAGAUCAGUCACUUCUAUGGACAAGAAGGACAAAGUCUCCAGAUUUGACACUAUACGUCACUCCAUAGCUGGAAUUAUAAGGUCUCCAAAAUCCAUGUUGGGCUCAUCAUCGUUCUUUGAUGUAAUAUCAACCUCUGAGAAACCAUUGGCAGAACAAGACUGGUAUCAUGGUGCUAUUCCAAGAAUAGAAGCCCAGGAGCUGUUAAAACAGCAAGGAGACUUCUUGGUGCGAGAGAGCCACGGGAAACCUGGUGAAUAUGUCCUUUCUGUGUUUUCAGAUGGACAACGGAGACACUUUAUCAUACAAUAUGCUGAUAAUCAGUAUCGUUUUGAAGGAACUGGAUUUCCCACUAUUCCUCAGCUCAUAGAACAUCAUUAUACAACAAAGCAAGUUAUUACAAAGAAAUCAGGUGUUGUUCUGCUGAAUCCUGUUGUGAAGGAUAAGAAAUGGGUUCUCAAUCAUGAGGAUGUCACACUGGGAGAAUUACUGGGCAAAGGUAAUUUUGGUGAGGUGUAUAAGGGAACAUUAAAGGAUAAGACACCUGUUGCUGUAAAAACUUGUAAAGAAGACCUUCCUCAGGAACUGAAAAUUAAAUUUCUGUCAGAAGCCAGAAUACUCAAACAGUAUGAUCAUCCUAAUAUUGUAAAACUUAUAGGAGUUUGCACACAACGGCAACCUAUUUAUAUUGUUAUGGAACUUGUUCCAGGAGGCGAUUUCCUGUCCUUUUUAAGAAAAAAGAAGGAUGAGCUGAAAACCAAACAGUUAGUGAAAUUUUCAUUAGAUGCUGCUUCUGGUAUGGCAUACCUCGAGUCUAAAAAUUGUAUACAUAGGGACCUGGCUGCAAGGAACUGCUUGGUGGGUGAAAGCAACAUACUGAAAAUAAGCGAUUUUGGAAUGUCUCGUCAGGAGGAUGAUGGAGUGUAUUCAUCGUCAGGCUUAAAGCAGAUUCCUAUCAAGUGGACUGCCCCAGAAGCUCUCAACUAUGGGAGAUACACAUCAGAGAGUGAUGUAUGGAGCUUUGGAAUCCUUCUGUGGGAGACAUUCAGUUUAGGAGUAUGCCCAUAUCCUGGAAUGACCAACCAGCAAGCACGAGAACAAGUUGAGAAAGGUUACCGAAUGUCAGCACCGCAAAAAUGCCCAGAAGAAAUAUAUAAAAUAAUGCAGAGGUGCUGGGACUACCAUCCAGAGAACCGACCCAAAUUCAGUGAGAUUCAGAAAGAGCUAUCUUCAAUCAAAAAGAAAGUGACAUAGUGAUAUACUAGUGCCAAACUCAAUGUGUGGGACUUUAUUUUCCAUUGAAGUAUUUUUUUCUCUCAAACACUAUGCGUUUAUACAACAUUAUUUGCAAUAUUCAUUUAGGAUUACUUUGAAAUUAACUGGUUUUUAUAUACAUGUGUACCAUCUUGAAUUAUGUCUACACCCGCAUUAAAGACAUAUACUGCCAAAUGCUAUAUAUCCAGUCACAGUAAUAUUGUCAUUUAGGUUACAUGUAAAUAGGAAAGCACAUACUGUAGAUUUAAGGAACGGUGGCUUUUAUGUGUUUUACAGCAAGUAACUGCUAGUGACAUUUUUCAGACUUUUUCUACUUAACACAGUGUUCUCACUCUGCUGUCCCUGUCCCAGUUGUCAACACCAGCAGCUCUCUAACAUGGUGACUGUGUCAUGCAUGUUGGCCUUAAGACUGAAGAAAGUUUUGACUAGUAUUUCAACUAGAAACUUUUAUAUUUUUCAAAUUCUUUCUGCAACUUAUUUCUUUUAAUGAUAGCUUGCCUCAAGGGUAAAAGUCAGUUAGAUUCUGGAUGUAAGUCUGCUUACUGAACAACAAAAUACUGAAAUUUCUUUUGUGGAAAAUUGUGUUACAUGUCCAUUUCUUACCAUGCUAUAGUAAAUACUUCUGACUCUUGAUGUAAUUUACCUGUGCCCUUUACUCUACCCCUUUUUUUCCUGUGAAACCAUCAGAAUUCAGUAAUGUGUGUCCUUUACAAUUACCUGUGUUUAUUUAAGAAACAUACAAAAAUAAUCAGUUAUUGCAUACAUUUAUUGUUAAGAAAUACUGCAAAUCUUCUGUCUUCCAAAGAAUAUGUAAAAACAAUAGGCCAGCAGAAAGAGCCAACAGAUAGCAGCAUUGUAAUAGGUGACCAAUAGCAUUGAUCUUAGAGGAGUUAAAGAAUGUGAAUUGCUAGAUUUGCUUUUGAUCCUGAUUUUUUUCCCUUAAAUUGACAAUAAUGCUCAGUGUGCAGUUGGAGCUUUUAAAAGGUCAUACUAAGAAAAAGCACAUUCCAUUCAUGGUGUUGAAAGAAAAACACUGUGUCUAUGUGGCAUGAGGAAUUGUCCAAAAAACCCAAAUAAGAAAGUAUAUUUUAAGUCUCUGGCAGGUGGAACAAGCUCGAGUAGAAAUACUAACCUUCUAACUUUUUAAAAUCAUUACAAUCAGGUUUCAAAAGAGAGGGGAUAGGCAAAUUGUAAAUGUCACCAAAAAUAAAGGAAACUCAUUUGAAAAAAAGUAACAUUCCAUAGUGUAAUAUACAGUAGAUGGGGGAUAGAGAAAAGGUACAGUGUGUUGCUCUGAAUCUGUGUUCUUUUUAUAGUGGGGAUUAUUUUCUAUGGCGCUACAUAGAAACAAAAACAAUUUUCAGUGCCCUGGUCUGAGUUCCAGAGUUAAGGUGCUUAAAAUUUCGUUAUGAAUUAAAAAAAAAUUUUUCAGAUCAAGGAAUGUCUGUUGCUGUUAAUACAAGUAAACAGAGACUGAAAGUAACACAGCAUCUGGAAUGUUUAUUAGCCCUAUUUAGUGAAGUCUGUGGCUACGUUGCAUUUUUAUUUCCCUUAAGGUGACUUCUGUUAUCCACAGAAUUUAUGCUCUUUAAAGUAUAUUUGUGGUAGUGCAGGGUGAUAAUGAUUAAGGGCCAUGUGUGACAAAAAUAUAUGUAAUCUAAAAGGAUUUGUCUGUUAUGAGGGCUGCUCUGAAAGUAAUGCCUCCUGUUUUAUUAUGUUAGCCCACAACAUCAGAGGCAGUUGGUGGUGGUAUGGCAGCAGAGGGGCAGCCUGACAAAAUGGCAUCUGACUUGAAAGUACAUAUGAAGCAAAGCUGUGUCACUGAAUUCCUCCGUAUAGAAAAAAUGGCACCCACUGACAUUCAUCGGUGCUUGCUGAGCAUUUAUGGAGCCCAAACAGUGAGGUGGCGGGUGGUGCGUUUCAACAGUGGUGCCAGCAGUUCACUUCCACUGCUACAGGUUUUUACAAGUGCAGCAUGCAGGCUCUUGUUCUUUGCUUGUGAAGGCAUGGACUUCGUGGUGUUGCCUGUGUUCAGAAUUAAUGUUUUGUAGUUGAGAAUUUUCUCUAUCAAAUAGUGCUGUUAUGCUCUUUGUAUCUGUUGUACUUUCCAUAGAAGUCAGGAGGAGGCAUUACUUUCAGAGCAUCCUACGUGCAUAACCAUUAAGGUGUAGUACUUGGCAAACUUGAUGGCCUAAAUUGAAACUUCCUUAUCAGUAUACUGGACAUAUUUUCUUAGUACUGUAUUUGCAAGUAGCCCAAAGAUAUUUUUCAAGAGCAGUGGGAAGCAUUCUUGUUCAUUUUUGUGCUUUUAAGUAUUACAAACAGUUUGUGCCUUAAUUUGCUUAUAUGCUAAUGCAAAUACAAGUGCACUAAGAUUAAGAAAUGCACCACAACAAUAUGGAAAAAUCCCAGUCACAAACCCAUGUUUAAUUCAGCUGCUGGGCCUUAGGUAUGCACCACGAAAGUCUGCAAGUGAGGGUAAUGGUGUCUUCUCUAUCAGCAUUCAUUGCUUCUCUGGAGAGUUGAUAUUCUUCUUCUGUGAAAGAGAUGAAUUAUUUCUUUGCUAUAUGCCCUUGACAGCAAAAAAAAAAAGGUCUUUUUUUCUUUUUAACAAAAUACUGUUUUAUAUGUCCAUCUUGAUUCUCAUAUAUAGAUAAGAAAUACAUUCUUAUUUAUUCUGAAAUGGUUAACAUUUGUAAUUCAUAUCGCACUUCUGUUUAAAUGUAAUGUACUUCUUAAAACAUGGGGAUAAUUCAGCAGCAAGGAGAUAUAUUAUUGCUGCUGAAAUAAGCAUAAGUUCAGCUAAAAAAAUAAUCAUUCGUCGGGAGAAUACCAGUUUGAGUUUAAAAUAAAUUAUAACACGUAUAAAAGGUAUAAAAUAAAUGUAAACACAUAGUCUCUUCAAUUAUUUAAUGUUUUUCCUUUUUUUACAAUUAAUUUUUCAGUGUUUGUGGCAGAAUUUGUUCAUCUUUUCUCAUUUGUAGUUUAUGCCUUUAUACUUUAGGAAGUGCAAUCCGUACCUAUGAAUACUUAGUUUCUAAGUUUCUAUAAAUUUCUUGCUGGAGAGUUUACAUACAAAACUGCCCUCUGGUGAAAUGUAGAAGACAGACAUAGUAUACUGGAGCCAAAGUCGCCAUAUCUGCUUUUGUGAACUUUUGAUGGCUGAAGUCUUGCAUUACACAUAGGUUGUGCAGAUACUGGUCAUGCAGCUCGGAGACUUGGUUUGCUCUGGAGAGUUCACAGAAAAUGUCAGUCUCUCUUAGAUGUGCAGUGUUUCAAGUAAGUUCUUAUGCCUGCACUCAGUCUCAGCCAGGUGGAGUCCAAAGGAGUUCAGAACUGUGUGCACUGCUAUAUGGGAGGGACUCUGAAUACUCUUAAGGGCUGAUCCCAGGUGUUAGCUUCAGAAUUCGGUUGUCAGUGAAAUCAUGAGGAUUCCAAGCAUUUCAGUUUUAUCAGAAGCAAAGAAUUGAAAAGCAUCAUGUCUGUAAACAAACUCACUUCAGCAGAAGUGUGAUCUUUUAGAAUUAGCACUCCACAAAGACUUUAUCCUUGAAAUGUACAUUUUCAUCAGUUUCUAAUAAAACCAAUGAGGCAGUUUUUUAUGUAGUGACUAAAAGUUAUUUUGCAUUUCUUCUUCUUAACGGUAACAAAAACCUGUUAUUUUAUUGAGUUGCCUAAUAUUUUGAAGUUCUUAUUAGAAAGUAUAUCAACCAGAAGGCUUUUGGUAAGAAGUGCAGUUUGUAAAGUCUUAUCCUGUUUAUGUGAAACAGAAAACUAGUUAAGGAAAUAGUAGCUAAUUGUUUAAUGUGUGUCUUUAACCACCUGUUUUAAUUACCCACACCUGAAGCUUACUAUGAUGUUUUCUAUUCAUUAUCUAUUAUGACUAUUUUAACUGCUUUGUUAAGCCAUUUGCACCCAUUGUAAAGAUACUGUUGAUAAAGAAGCACAUGCAAUAAAUAAGUAAGUAAAUAAAUAAA